UGGAGUCUGGGGCUUUUGAGAGAAAUGAUAAAACCCUAACACAAACAGCCCUUACCUCUCUCAUCUUUCUUACUCGAAAUUUUUCAAUGGCUGAGAGAGGCGAAAUGAAAGUGAUCACCCUGGGUGGCAAGGGUUCUUCUCUUUCAUCUUCCUCCUUUUACGCCGUCGCCACCGGGCAAGCUCAGCUACGUAAUGACUCAUCGGCGCUUGAUAGAUUGCUCUCCGAUCAAAACCCUACAACGCCUCUCAAACCAUUCCAGUUCUCCUUUCCCAAAACUUUCACCUCCAUCGAAAUUCGUGCCUCUCUCACUAUUCUCCUCAAUAAGUUCCUCCUCCACUCCAAUCCAUCCAACAUCCGUUCCCUUCUUCCUAAUUUCAUUUCUAAAACCCUUAAUUUGAAAUUUGAGACUGGAAAUUUUGACUCCAUUGAUGUGACUGAAGAGGAACGGCUCCUAAUAGAGAGAUCAGCUGCUCAUGUAUAUGGCGUUUGUUCAAUUCUGGACCAUGAAUCCGCGGCUUUAGCUUCAAUUGUAGACGCAGUGGCUGCUUUGUCGUGUGAGGCGGCCAAGGCUGACGUGGCUGCGUUUAGUUCCAUGGACACUGGAGAUGGCUUCGUUGACAAGGAGGGGAUAGGUGUUGCUGGAGACAUGAAGGUGUUGCUUAAUGGGUCUAAGUUUGUUGGUAAGUUUCAGAGCGAAGCAUUUUCUAAGGUUCCCAAAAUUAAUGGGAGAUUGAGGGAGGUGGUGAAGUCACUGCAUUCGGUGACACGUGUCUCAUUGAAUUCCCGUGAGGAAGUCUACGAGGGUGAUGCCAUACCUGCGGUGUUAGCAUUGUCUGCAGCUCUUAAGAGUUUGGGGAAGAUUAGUUUGUGUCGGGGUAAAAUGAAUUUAGAGGCCGUGGGAAAUGGAAGUCUGAAAACUGAUUUGAUAAGCAUAUUUGAGAAGAAAUGCCCCAAUGAGAAUGUGUUAAGAAAUGCCUAUAAGCUGGUUUUGGAUUCAGACUUUGAGGAAGACACAGGAAAAUUUGUGCAUGAAGUGAAUGCUUUAUUGGGCACCGUAUGGAGUAUUGUUGCCUGGGAGGGGAUAACAGCGUUUUUUGCAAUUGAAGGUGGAGAAUUGAUGAGUGCAAAGGGUGUUGAAGAAAUUGGUGUGAACGGGGGAGAUGAAAAGGUGGUAAAGAAGGCUGAGAAGAAGAAGAAAAAGUUGGCUUUGGGGAAAGGAACUAGUGUGAUCGUACAAUUAAUUAAGGAUAGGUUGCAGGGUAAAGGAGGGGAUUCCGGUGAUAGUUUGCAGGUAUUGGAAAAGUGGGUUCAAGAUCUUUUGCUGUUUCUGGAUCCAAAGGAAAUGGAUUUUGAUGUUUUGGUACUAAAAGUGAAAGAGAUUGUGGAAAGCAAUGAAAGUAGAAGACUUCCCAAACUUCCAAAGGGGACUCGUGAUUUUGCCAAAGAACAAAUGGCGAUAAGAGAGAGAGCAUUUUCAAUAAUAACAGAGGUUUUCAAGAGGCAUGGUGCCACGGCCUUAGACACUCCUGCAUUUGAAUUAAGAGAGACACUUAUGGGGAAAUAUGGCGAAGAUUCAAAAUUGAUUUAUGAUCUUGCUGACCAGGGUGGAGAGCUUUGUUCUCUACGGUACGACUUAACUGUUCCAUUUGCUAGGUAUGUGGCUAUGAAUGGUAUCACAUCCUUCAAACGGUAUCAAAUAGCUAAGGUAUACAGAAGAGAUAACCCUUCUAAGGGAAGAUACCGUGAAUUUUAUCAAUGUGACUUCGAUAUUGCUGGCCAAUAUGAAGAAAUGGGACCAGAUUUUGAGAUUCUUAAGAUUUUGACAGAAUUGCUUGAUGAGCUAGACAUUGGAGAUUUUGAGGUUAAAUUGAAUCAUAGGAAGUUGCUGGAUGGUAUGCUAGAAAUUUGUGGAGUGCCACCUGAAAAGUUCCGUACUAUUUGUUCAAGUAUUGACAAACUAGACAAGCAAUCCUUUGAACAAGUUAAGAAGGAAAUGGUUGAGGAGAAGGGAUUAAAUGUUGAGACAGCAGACAGAAUUGGCACUUUUGUGAAGGAAAGGGGUCAGCCUAAGGAAUUAUUAUUAAAGCUUAAACAGGAGGGCAGCAAGUUUUUGGAAAACACUUCUUCUAAACGUGCAUUGGAUGACUUGGAGAUUUUGUUUGAUGCAUUGGAGAAAUCAAAGUGCAUUGACAAAGUGGUUUUUGACUUGAGUCUGGCUAGAGGGCUUGAUUAUUACACUGGAGUCAUAUUUGAAGCUGUUUUUAAGGGGACUACACAGGUUGGUUCAAUUGCUGCUGGAGGACGAUAUGACAACCUUAUAGGAAUGUUUGGUACAAAGCAGGUUCCAGCUGUUGGGGUCAGCCUUGGAAUCGAGCGAGUAUUUACUAUAAUGGAGCAGCUCCAAAAGGACCGUAAUCAGACAACCAGACCUACUGAAACUCAAGUUCUGCUUAGCAUACUUGGAGAUAAAAGUAAACUCUCUUUAGCUGCAGAGCUUGCUAGCGAGCUAUGGAGUGCCAAGUUGAAAGCAGAAUACGUUGUCAGUACGCGGUUUAGCAAGCACAUUGAUCGUGCAAAAGAGUCGAGAAUCCCGUGGAUGAUACUUGUAGGAGAUAAGGAGCUAGAGAAAGGGAUUGUAAAAGUAAAGAACCUUGAGACCACAGUAGAAGAAGAGGUUCCUAGAAGUACAUUUGUUGAAGAACUUACGAAACGGUUGAACCUCUGAAGAUCUCUCAUCUGGUAGACAUAAAAAUCUGUGACCAUUGUUCUAUUCAAGUACUCACGCAGCUCGUCCUGUGCCAUGUAAGAGCAAGUCAAGCUUUACAGAAGCAUUUAUAAGUUUAAUGGCUAUGCUGGGCAAUUUGGUAUUGAUACCAAAUUCCCAAACAGUAUAUUUCCAAAGAGAUUUCGAUAGAACCUUUCUCUUUGAGUGGGUGUGGCUGUUUUUUGUUUUGAUUUUCCUUUUUUUUUUAAUUUUUUUUUAUUUUGUGUUUUCUAUAUCUUCUCUCAAUUAUUUUAUUUGGAUUACAUAUCAAAGUUCCUAACUUCUUGAAUAAGAUAUUUUUUCUGAGUUUUCGCUU